UUGACACAAUGUUUUGAAAAUAGAAUUUGGACUCUGGAAUACUUCUGUGUAAAUACACAGAACGUCAGCCACAGUAUGGAAUUCUUGCAGUAUAGAACGGGGACAAGUUUUCAGGGAAGUUCAUCGGUCGGACAGACUGGUGAUAAUGGAGGAAUGAGUGUUGAAGAUCUGGUGUUAUCGAUGAGAAAAGAUCUUUUCGAUGACGAUUCGUCUGCCGUUCCAAACUCAGUUAGUCCGGCAGCAGAGUACGGCAUCAACCCGGCCAGGUCGGUCACUGGAGUUCACGUUCAACCCGGUGCAGUUUCUGUACGAGUAAACGGUAUAGGAAAUAACGCUGACCCUCAAAGAAUCAGACAUUUUGCUGAAAGGAGUAACGAAGUUGAGCAGUUUUAUCAACAUGAUCAACAGGUUGUUAAUUUCAGGCAGAGUUCACAAGAAAUGGUUGAACACCAAUCAUACUCUGGAAAUGGGAACCAUGGUUUGCACGUCCAGCCAAGCCAUAAUGCAAGUGUAAGCAAUAAACUGGUGAAUGCCCCACAACAGAACUAUGUCCCAAACGGAAUCGUUAGACACGAUCAAGCACAGCCUCAGCUAGCUUCGCAAUUUUACCAGCAGUUGCGGAUGAGUUGGGGCCCUUCUUCCCAACAAAGUGAAGAACGCCAGGUAGCAAUGUCUCCAAGCGGUGAACAUUACCAUCAGUCAUCAGAGUACCAGGGAAUAUCAAUGGUACCCAUAAGUAAUGGAGCAGUGGAUUUUGAACCGGACCUUAGUCCUCGUAUGCUUCCCAAACCCCCUCAGGAACCACGCCGUGGGUCAAAGACUCGGAGCAGUUUACGUCGAGCUGCAAAUCUCCUCCUUAAUCGCAGUCGCCAGAGUCUUUCUGAUGGCGAAACGACUCGCAAACCCACGCCACCAACCACCCCGAGGAGCGAAAUGGAACAGCGAAAAGAGGCAAAAACACAAACAGUCCUAGAGCGACUUCAGAAAAACAAAAAUAAAAUGGGUGAACUGCUGCGUUCACCAAAUUUAUCUCGCAUGCGCCGGUCAAGUCAGGGGAACAUCAGCACGGAUAGCUCUCUCUCCCCUACAGAUAGGCCGAGAAGUAAACCCAGCAGCAGAAAAUACGCAAGUGCAGAGAAUCUUCAGGUUAAUGGGCAUCAUAGAAGUGUAGAGAACCUUAGCAGCAGACAGGGACCUCAGAGUGGAUCUGAUAGGAACUAUGUUAAGACGUAUGAAAGCAAUUCCAGCAGGUCAGAGGAUAAUGAUUACGACGUCGUUCAUUCGAGGGGUCCAUCAUCGGGAUAUAAACUAAGAAGGCAUGCCAGUGGUCCUGUGUAUCAAGAAUCCGAUAAGAUGACCAACAGCUAUCAUAGAGGCUACCACACUGCAGACAGUGAUACUGACUCGGGAGUUGGCAGAGUGAAUGGCUACAGUACACAAACGCAUCCCAGAAGUGAUGGUCACAAAGGCAUGCCAUCAACACGAGACACGCUUCGUGCGAUACAGAAAAAGCGUGACGCUCCGGGUCCUUCGAGUAGACACAUGAACAAGUCUGUGAGUGGACCCCUGAAAGCCGAUCAUAGUAUCCAACCAGUACGCACAGCGGAUGACAGCAGGUCGCCAAUGGACAGGUCGGGUAUGUGGAUAGAACAAGGAGCUCGACCCAAACGUUCCAGUUCAGUGGAAUCCUUAGAGACAGAGGAAGUGAAGCAUGAAAUAUUUCCAGACAGUCAGAUUGGGGCGUGGUCACAACCAUCUCACAACUCCAGACCAGAGAAGCAGCCACGAAAACCCAGGUCAUCUUCGCUAACAAGGUCAGACCAAACUGACAGAAGACCCUCCAGUCGUGGCCCUAGGCCGGCUUCACCAGCUCGCUCGGUGCAUUUUGAAGACAGUGACUCACCGAGAGAAGAGAAAAAGAGACCUCAGUCAAGAUCACAGUCAAGGACUAAAGUAUCUCCACCUGAGAGUGGUUCUGCCAGUACGAGAAACUCAGAGGAUGGUUAUAUUUACGCAAAACCAGACAAGAGUAAGAAACGUAAUAGCUUCUCAGACAUGGAGGAUCCAUAUGCCACCAUACCGGAUCAUCAUUCAAGGGUUGUGGUUGACGUCGACAAUCCAUAUGAGGAGAUCGAGAUCCCAGAUCGACAUGACAUCAACAGGAAUCAGAUCACUACCUCAUCUAAGAAUGUUGUCAAUCAAUACAAGAGCUCUGAUUGGGAGGACUCUAUCGAUGGACUCUCUGCAAAAGUUGAGAAGAAACGCCAAACAAGAAAACAUGAGAAGAGGGGAGUAAACAGCACUACACAAAGACAGGAAGUUAUCAAUGAUACAAAAGAUGAGAAGAGGGGAGUAAAUGGCACUACACAAAGACAGGAAGUUAUCAACAAUACAAAAGAAAAUGACGAGCCGAUUUAUGCCAAGGUGGACAAGUCGAGUAAGAGACCACCAUCAGGUGCAGCCCACAGGCCUAGCUCAAGACAACGCUCCAACUCGGACAGACCCAGUACUAGAAAUCCCUGCAUAGCUAGCGAGUUUGAUGACAGUAUAUCACAGAUGGGUUACAAGGCCAAUAAUGACACACCAUUCAAGAGCAACCUAGGGGAUUAUGCAGAGUUGAGCGGGUCUCGUACCUCCAUCUCGUCUCGUGUCUCCAUCUCAGACAAGAUGCAGAGUAUCGGCAAGGCAACAAAGAAGAAGCUAAGCUCCAUGAGGCGCGCACUUAGUGUAGAUCGCAUCAACACCGCUGGGAAUGAAAACACCGAUGAGGAGCAGCCAAAGCUCAAACGCUCUCCAUCGUUAAGGUCCCUCACUGGGCUUUUCAGCAAAAAGGAUAAAAAGCAAGACGAUUCCACUAAACCUGGAAAAUUAAAUAAAAGGCGCUCUGCUAGUCUGAGUGGUCUGCCGAUACGACUCCAGCGGUCAUCUGAAGAUACCGAUGUCACGUCACCGAGUCACAUGAGGAAAGUCGGCAAACUACUCCAUCUCAACUCUGAUGGGUCUCAAGUUGUUGAGCUUGUCAAACCACCGAGUGGACCGUUUGGUUUCUACAUCGCUCGUGGAACUUCAAACUUUGGCUCUGGUGUCUUUGUUACCCGGUUGGGCGAUGGCCACCCAGCAAAGAUCCUGGCAGGUCUCCUGGCAGUGGGUGAUGAGAUUCUUGAAAUCAACGGAGUAGAUGUCCGGAACCGGCCUCUAGAUGACAUAUAUGACAUGAUGAUGGAUAAUAACAAGCUGACCUUGAGGCUGGUACCGAUCACUUCACGUGGCACAUGGACGGAUAGAUCAUAUGGAGUGGAUGUGUGACCUUUCAACUUUGACAUCUACUUUCAAGCAAGAAGACUCGUGGAAAGGUAUGGGAAAAUAAAAGAUCUGCUUGGAUCUGUUUUGUACAAUUCAAUGAAAAUACACAUCUGUAAAACAAGUCUUACCCAGAGCACGUGGAGUAACAGGUGAGGGUAAAGGUCACAACCAUUUUGACCUUUCAGGUCAUGACCUUUCGAUUAGGGCAGUAUAAAGUGUGGAAAACAGGUUUAAGGAUUGUGCUGUUUAAGUUUUGCAAUAGAGUUUUAUCAGAGAGCAGCCAUCUUGUUUUACUUGCCUCCAAAUCAAUUCAUAACGAGGCUAGGGGUGUAUUGAUAAAUAGUCAGAUCCCCUUUUGAUACCUUGAGAAUCAGGACUCAUCAUUGCUAUUGGUUACAGGGAACAUGGUCCAAUAUGGUGGCAGUGUGUGAAUGGUAUUCAAACAACCACUUUCAAGAUUUUUGUAGAAAUGAUUUGUGCCUCUUCUUUGCAUAAGUAGUCGGAUUAUUUUUAAACCUUGUACAUACCUCCCAUUCGGUGAAAUGUUAUAAAUAUUGCUUUUGUAAUUGAAUGAAGUAUGUUUUGAUAUGUUUUUGUAAACAGCAUUGAGUAUUGAAAUCAUAAAAGGGUAGAUUAUCAAUUAUCAAUCAGCAUUUGUUUAAAUUAAAAUCAACGAAUAAAUCUUGUAAAUUCAUUACUGGAAUCGUCUUUCACCAAUCAAUUGGCCAAUUGAUAAAAAGUUGCUGGCUGCAAAUUACACUUUAAAAGGAGAACGGCCAAGACUUAAUCAACCAAAUAUUUGUAUGCAGUCAAAUCAUUGUGUGCCUUGCUAACUGCUGCAGUAUUCCAUACGAAACGGAAGUAUUUGUGCCUACUAAAUGGUUUUAUUUUUCAUAGUUCACUGCGCUGACAUUCCACUAGCUUUGCCUUGCUGUGCUUUUACAGAACUUUUCUAUCGAUAGAGAUUUGUACUUUUUUUUUUUAAAUACAAAUAUUAUUAUUGGAAGAAAUGGUAUAAUAUUCAAACUAUUAUUAUAAUCAGGUAAUCCUAUCUUUAAACUGAUUUAAGUUUAAUAGUUUUUGUAGAUCGAAAAUAGAAAUUUGUUUACGUUUGUAAACAAUAUUGUUUUUACCAGAUUUGUGGCCUACAUACACAUGUACAUGUACAACAUUUAUAUAGCUUCACCCAUUCAUGUACAAAGCUUUGAGAUUCGUUAAUAGCAAUAACUUCAGAUUUAAUAUCAAAUAUUACAUAAUAUAGAGGCUGACAUAACUUGUAUAUUUCUCUGUUAAUUGACAGAUAUUGAUAAAAAUGUAUAACUUUGUAAAUAAUUGUUUUAUAUAAAAUAGAUAGUUGUGUUUCGAAACACUCAGGUAGAACAUUUAAGUUGAUAUGCUUCAUGACCAUGCAUUGAAUUCAUAGUAUGUACAUGAAGUUCAGCUCAUGUGGCCUAACAUUAUUGAAAACUAUUUUACGAACAGCAAUGGCAAAUAAGCUAAUGGCAGUGAGAGCUCACCUUUCUCUGUUUUAGUUCUUUUAUACACUAUAUUUAUUUGUGUAAAUUACUUGAUUUUUUUACGAUUUGUUUUUUAUAUUUUUU